ACAAGUCUACAGUCCGAAGCUGAAAAACAAAAUUAAAAAUUAACAAACACAAAUGGCAAUUACACACAAUCCCCUGUAUCUACAACCCUAAUAACUUUCCCGAUCAAAACCCUCCCCGAAAAAAUGGAAAAUGGCAGCAUUCUCGAAUCAAUCGGGUCCGAAAUCAUCGGCGUCAUGUCCCCUGUAUCCAUCUGUAUGUUUCUCGUCGUUCUGUUAGUCUACAGUCUCUCGUCCUCUUCAAAUUCCGGCGCCGACCAGAUCCGAACCGCCGCCAAUCUUGUCUACGUCGAAACAGCCUCAGAUUCAACCACCCAAAAGCUUGAAGGCUCGCUUCUUAAUGCCCUUGUCUUUGUAAUCUUGAUUGCUGCUGUUACUUUCUUGUUAGUAUUAUUGUAUUAUUAUAAUUUUACUGGUUUCUUGAAGAACUAUAUGCGUUUCUCUGCAUUUUUUGUGCUUGGGACAAUGGGCGGGUCUAUUUUUUUAAGUGUUAUUCAGUAUUUUUCGAUACCCAUUGAUUCGAUCACUUGUUUCGUGUUGAUGGUUAAUUUUACUUUGGUGGGCGUGCUUUCGUUGUUUUCGGAUGGGUUUCCGAUUUUCUUGAGGCAGAGUUAUAUGGUUGUGUUGGGGAUUAUUGUUGCUGCUUGGUUCACUAAGUUGCCCGAGUGGACCACGUGGACGUUGUUGAUUGCCUUGGCUUUGUAUGAUUUGGUUGCUGUUUUGGCGCCAGGUGGGCCGCUUAAGAUUUUGGUUGAGUUGGCGUCGAGUAGGGAUGGGGAGCUCCCGGCUUUGGUUUAUGAGGCGAGGCCGGUGGUCUCCAAUCGGGGUGGUAGGACUGGUUUAGGAAUGUUGGUUGGCGGGGUUUCGGAUUCAGAGUCUGUAGAGGUUGAAAUGGUGGCAAGGGGAAAUGAUACUCGGAAUCGGGAUAGUGGUGUGGAGUAUACAUCUGUUCAGGUUGAAAGUGAUGACAUUGAAGUAGUAAGAGAUGAAGGGGAGACUUCUCCGUUGGUGCCUAAUUCAGGUGGUUCAGAACAUGGGAGACGAGAUAUGCAAGGGGAGAGAUCUCCACUUAUUGAAUUGUUAGGGAUGAGGGAUGCUGCAGGUGAGGUGAGUACCGAUGCUCUGGAUACUGAAGUGACCACAAGUAGAGGUAUUAAGCUUGGUCUUGGUGACUUUGUUUUCUAUAGCGUUCUUGUGGGUAGAGCCGCAAUGUAUGAUCUGAUGACUGUCUAUGCUUGUUAUCUUGCGAUUAUAUCGGGUUUGGGUUGCACUCUUAUUUUGUUAGCUGUGCAUCGUCAAGCGCUACCCGCCCUUCCUAUUUCUAUCACACUGGGCAUCAUGUUUUACUUCUUAACUCGUUUGAUAUUGGAACCCUUUGUUGUUGGAACAUCCACAAAUUUGUUGAUGUUUUAGUACCCGAACAUGUGCUGAGAUAUGUCUGUUGUUCAUGGUUAUACUGUUCGAAGAUAAUAUAGAUGACGUAGAUGGUUAGCAAUUCAGAAUGGAAAACUGUCAUAAAUGUACAUUGUUCAGAAUGAUCUUCGGAUAGAUGUCCUCAUAUGUAGUAGAAAAUCUAACUUGCAGAUUUUUUUUUUUGUUUGCA